AUGCUAGUGGGGAUAGUGGCGGCCGGGUGGGGGCCGGCGAGCCAGAUAAUAGUUGUGAGGGUCCCCCAGUCGCGCGAGAGCCGAGCAGGGGGCAGCACGCGCGCCGCCUCACAGUGUCAGCCGCGCCGGGGGCGGAGCGCGCGAGUGCGGCAUGUGGUUCGGAGCCCGGUGCGCCGGCGAGCGGAGUGCAUGAAGCUGGUGCGGGACCCGGGGACCUUGCUUCUGGAUGACUUCAUGGCGGCCAACUUGGCCAAGUGGUGGAGGAACAGGUUCCUGAAUGGAUACAAGCAGUUCACCGUGGUGCCAACUGACUGCAGCGAUGGCCGCCCCUCAGACACUGAGGAGCUGCUGGGCCGACAGCACGACUGCAGCGCUGCCAGCGACAAGGAGACCAACCAGGAGAAGAAGAGCGCUCCUAGCGGCAACGACAGGCAGCUCAACUUCGAGGAGUUCGAGUGCGACGUGUCUGUGGAGGGCGGCGUGGACUCCGGCGGCCAGGAGCGCCAGGAGUUCUCCUUCACGCUCUACGACUUCGACGGCCACGGCAAGAUAACCAAAGACGACAUAGCGGGGCUCGUGACGACCAUCUACGACACGCUGGGCUCGUCCAUCAAGGUGCCGCACUACGGCAGCAAGACCAUCAAGGUGAAGCUGACGGUGUCGCCGGAGCAGCGCCAGAAGGCGGCGGCGGCGACCCCGCACAGGGUCAAGUUCAAGCGCGACCUGAACGUGACGAUCCAGGAGUCGCGGCGGCCGGGCCGGCGGCGGCGCCACGAGGACCGGCCGCCCCCGCCGCCCCCGCCGCCCCCGCGCCGCAGCUGCAGCAGCGCCAGCGAGAACAACGAGGAGGCGGCGGACGCCUCGGAGGAGGAGGAGGACGAGGAGGACGAGCCGGCGCCGGGCUCCCCCCACUCCCCCCACUCCACGCCGCGCGCCGCUCGCGACAGCGGCGGCCGCAGCGAGGCGCGGCGCCACCAGCACGCGCCACCGCGCCACCGCCAGCCGGUAGCGCCCGUCCCGCCGCGCCAGAGGAGCAAGAAGGCGCGCGCCAGCUCCCUGCAGCGCGAGGAGUUGCUGCAGAUCAUCCAGGCCAACAUGGAGAAGAACAACCUGAGUUUUCAAACCUCCAGAAAACCCUGCACGGAGCGGCCAGAGGCGCGCCACGCUGCGCCCGCCAGAACUAGACACAAGCUGCACUACCUCAGCAUGGGCGACUACGCCGACCCGCGCUACCUGGACCUGGCGGGCAUGGAGCCCCACGGGUCCGAGUACCACGUGUACAACUUGCCGCAGUGCCGCAGCAGGGGCCACCACCGCUCGCGGUCCCACGACCUGUCCGGGGCGUUCCGCUACCACCUGCUCGACCCACACCGCCCCUUCGCCGAGCACCACGCGCGCUCCCGGUCCCACGAGGCAGAGUUCGGCCACGAGCACCGCUGCGAGCGCAAGUUCCCGUCCGCGACGGGCCACUCGUCCUCGCCGCACCACCUCAAGCACCGCAACCGCGAGCAGGACCAGGCGCGCGCCAUGGCUCAGGUGGUGCGCUGGCUGGAGCGGGAGUUCUCGUCCACUCUGGACGCAGCAGCGGGCAAGCAGGGGCACUCCGAGGCCCCUGGGCCCACGCCCCCCGCCAAGGACCCCCCCAGCCCUGCAGCGGAGCGACUGGAGCACCACCAUGUGCACGAGCACAUUCACCACCACUACCACCACUACCAGGAGACCCCAGUGCUGGUGUGACGUCCAUGCUGAACCACUACCACCACUACCAGGAGACCACGGUGCUGGUGUGACGUCCAUGCUUAACCACUACCACCACUACCAGGAGACCACGGUGCUGGUGUGACGUCCAUGCUGAACCACUACCACCACUACCA